CUUUCUGAAUCUUCACGCAUUCGUCCGCCUGGUACAAUCUGAGUCUCUCUGCAACUUCGUUGGUCCUCUGUUUCUGUUUAGUUUCAAUUGAUCUGUUAUAGUUUACCGUUUACGAUCCUGGUGAUGAUGGUUUGAAAUCAAUGGCCAGGCGGUCGCAUGUGACGGAGCUUGGGUGCAUCGCCUGCGACGAAUUGGCCGAAUUGGGUGCCGGCAAGGAAGGGUGGCUUGUCGACAGCGCCAACGUUCUCUCUACCCUUGACACCCAUUCGCUCGCUCUUGCCAACCGUUCUGUUAUUCUCAUCCUCGGCUGGAGAUACGAUGACCCAUCUAGUCGGCCGGUUAAGAUCCGACCUUCUUUAUCCCCAGUUGAAGGAGAGAUCACCGCCAUCGAGUGGCUUGUCUUCGAUGAUCUCCAUGCCCUUGCCGUUGGAACCUCUAAUGGAUAUCUGCUCAUUUACUCUUUGGAAUCCGAUCUGAUCCAUAAACAGUUUAUAUAUCCUGGACGCAUACUAAGGUUACGAGUUCAUGGAACCAAGAGUGGUCUUACACAAGAUACAUCGUCAGAGGAGGUUUGUGUUGUUAUUCCAGGCAUAAUUGCACGUUUUGAUGGAUCGGAUAUUCAGAGUUUGCUGCAACGCUGGUUUCAAGAAGCACACUCACAGUUUUGGGAUCAGAAACCAAAAAAGAGUGAGACGGAGGGCAUGAGGAAUUCGUAUGGAAGACUACCACUGCAGCUAUGGAAUGUUAACAAGUAUGGAUCAUGUGUUGAUGCAGCAAUCACUGGGAUAAUGCCUCCUCCACUGAUGGAACUUCAGUCAAGUCAACGUUACUACUGUGCAGUGACUAUAGGAGUGGAUGCAGUAAUUUCAGCAUGCAGGCUUUCUGAAGACAGAAACAGGUCUAUAGUUGGAGCUAUUCUGUCGAAGGUUGUGCCUGCUACAUUUUCAACAAUAGCUUCUUUCUCUAAAAUGAUUUGGCGGAGUGGGCAAACUUCAGCAACAAACUCUGAAGAGAAGCCUCAGCCAUUUGCUAAAGCAUCUCCCUUAACUUGCUUGAAAGAUCGGCCAAGAAAGGGAGAGAAACUCACCCUUUCACCUAGUGGUACUUUGGCUGCUAUUACAGAUUCUCUUGGUCGUAUUUUGCUACUAGACACUCAGGCACUUGUGGUUGUGCGACUUUGGAAGGGGUAUCGUGAUGCUUGCUGCCUUUUCACAGAGAUGCUAAUUAAUAGAGACACAACAUCGAAGUCAACUUCUGCAUAUCAUGAACACUCAAAAAGUGACUACUGCCUCUGCCUAGCUAUUCAUGCACCUCGGAAAGGAAUAGUUGAGGUUUGGCAGAUGCGAAAUGGACCUCGACUUUUAGCCUUUCAAUGUGCUAAAGGCAGUAAAAUCCUCCAGCCCACCCAUAGGUUUGGAUCAUCAUUAUCAUCUCCAUCAUCAUAUGUUCCUCUUGAAGUUUUUUUGCUGAAUGGAGACUCGGGACAAUUAUCAGUUCUGAAUCGACAUCUAAAUUGAGAAAAAUAAUAUUCUUUACCAUAAUUUCAGUUCAGAAUUCAAUGCUUCUUCCCUUUUCCAAUGUAAUUUCCUUCUGUGCUUGGUAUUUGGCUGUCUAUAGCUUCUUGGGUGUACCAUAAAUUUGAUAAUUGCUAAUUUUCAGUUUAACCAUAUUUGUGUCAGUGUCCUUUCUGGACGUUGGAUGGCC